AUGCUUGAGAAGCUACUUAGCUAUUUAGGAAAUAUCUACGAACAGAAAGAAACCACCGCAGACGCGACAGACUGUUACCGUCCUCGCAAGAAACGCCAAACAGUGUCGAAAAGAGCUUGCGGGCAGCCGAAGAACUUUGCAUCAACGGGUCCCGGUGGAGACGUUGUCGUAUCCUUAAGCGGCCUUCGCGGUUGGCGAUUGCGGCGGAAGGAAUUUCGUAGAAGUUUGUUGCGAAGUUCCUUGAAAGUCCACCUGCCGAAUGCAACGAUCGAAAACCUAGUCUGGAAAGCGAAAGCAUAUAUAUCUGUUUUCUCGUUACCUACUCACACGGUCUGGAAGAUUUGCCAUACGGUCAACCAUUCGAAGCAUGUGUAG